AUGUCCAUUUACUCCUUCGACAUGCGUCAUGCAUUCAGUCCCGGUAUAAAACACAUGACCUCCCUCCUCUCGCGGUUAUUCAGUCUCAAACCGCCGUGCUGGCUGUACGUGUUGCGGUGUGUGCCUGUUAGGAAAAAAAUCAACUGUCAAAUAUCACAAUGACCAUCGACCUGUACUACGUCCCCGGUUCGGCUCCGUGCAGAGCCGUGCUCCUCACCGCCAAGGCGCUAAAGCUCAACCUCAACUUGAAGAUCGUAGACUUGCACCACGGAGAACACCUCAAACCUGAGUUCUUGAAGCUCAACCCGCAACACACAGUCCCCACUCUAGUGGACGAUGGCCUCUCCAUCUGGGAGUCGCGUGCCAUCAUCACUUACCUGGUGAACAAAUAUGCGAAGGGCAGCAGCCUCUACCCCGAGGAGCCGCGAGCGAGGGCCCUCGUCGACCAGCGCCUGUACUUCGACAUCGGCACGCUCUACCAGAGAUUUGGAGAUUACUUCUACCCACAAGUAUUCGGUGGUGCGCCGGCUGACAAAGAAAAGUUCGCCAAAAUCGAAGAUGCCCUGCAACUCCUGGACAAAUUCCUCGACGGACAGAAGUAUGUGGCCGGCCCCAACCUCACCGUCGCCGAUCUGAGCCUCAUCGCCAGCGUCUCUAGCUUCGAGGCGACUGACAUUGACUUCAAGAAAUACCCGAACAUCAAGAGAUGGUACGAGACAGUAAAAAGCACAGCGCCCGGAUACCAGGAGGCGAACGAGAAGGGACUGGACGCGUUCAAGGCGUUGGUCAGCAGCAUGCUGAAGAAGUAACCACUAUUCGGCACCGAUUGGACAUGGAUGUACGGGACCCUCGCACCGUACAGCAUCAUAGAUAAUAAAGCCCUUUUGGACAUGAUUCACAGGAAAUUAUAGCUUAAUUGUUCACGUUUUAAUGCUGGUUAUCGAUAAAAACUAAGCUAAGGUAGCUACAAACAGCGAUCUUGUGCUUGCUGGAUUUAGCUAACUCAGGUAGCCGUGAGAUUUGAACAUAUUCAAAUGUGGAUUUCAAAGCUAAAUCAACUGAAACUUAGGUCAGUUCUUAGUUGAUAACCAACAAGAGUACGAACGAAUGUAAUAUUUAUUCUUGUUUUCGAUGGUGUAAAAUAUUUUGAUACUAGUCUGUCGAUAUCCAAACAUGCUAAUACACUUUAUGCUUAGCUUAUUCGCCACCGGUUGUGCUAGUUUUAACGUUAUGGAUAUGGAUAAGACGUAAAUAUUUUGUACUGUCACCGAUAUGUUUUACCCGUACACUCAUGUACACCUGUCUUUAUCGAGUGUUGCCACUCUUCACUGUCACGUUUUAAUUUUCAAGUCACAGUUUUUAUUUUUCAUUUAUUAUGUAAUUAAGUGUUUCUAGUUUGUAAGGCACAAAUAAAACUAAUAAACACAG